ACUAAAUAACAUUGAAAGCUCCUCCAUUACAACACAACCACAUACACUUCCUUAAUCCCCAAAGAAGAUUAUCAUCGGAAUCGAACACUACCACCGGAGAACAUGGUCGCCGCCGUCACUGAUAUGGCCCGACGCCAUACGCUUAGCCAAAUACUGGUGGAUCUCGUCAAGUUUGCCGUGGGUUCUGCCAUAGAUGGCUCUCGCAAAAUCAUACCAGGUAGGAAGCAGGUUGAUAAGAUGGUGCCAGAAGGAUUGAUUAACAUACCCUUGCCAACCCCUGUAAAUACCAAGAAACAUCUUGACUUAACGGUUACAAAUGACCUACAUUAUGAGACAAAAACGGAGGAAGUGAAGGAAGACAUGAACAGCAUAAAGCAGCAGUACAAAACAUCAGCCAAACGUGCUGAUCAGUCACAGAUUCCAAACAAAUCGGAUGAUGGCUUGAAGGAAAUCAAUCUCGUGCAGGGCAAGGGAAGGAGAGUAUUCAUCCGAUCUCGUUUAUAGAAUGGAAUUUACAUAACAUACACCAGAGAUUCUACAUAUAAUUAAGAUAGUGUAACAUGAUAUGUGCUUUGGUUUUCUUCUCUCCCCUCUCACAAUGUUAGAUGGGAAGGGAUAAUAACUAUCUUGCUUGGGGUUUCACCGUUCGAGUCUGAGUACUGUGACUCGUUGUGUAUCCUAUCAGUCACCACUUGAGGUUACCAAAUCUCCUAGGUCUUAUAACAUGUCCUUCCCCAUAGUAUUGAUAUCAUCAUAUAACAUGCAGUUUAAGAU